AGAAGCAGCAGCAGAGGAGAGGAGAAGAAAACUUUAGCUGGAGUUUGUUUGAGCCUCCACCCGCUCCUCCCUCUGCCCCACACCUCCAGUCCACAGCAGCGCUGAUCUGGAUUAGAACAGAUCCACUUUGUGUUCGUGUCAGCCGGCUGCUCCGUGGACUGUGCGCUCCUGCACGCGAGGAUCUAGUUGGUUCUUUUCUUCUUCCUCUUCUCCUUUCUCCGUUUUCCCCCCUCCCCGCUGUACUUGCGUCAUGACUUCUAGCUAUGCACAUGUAAUGGACAGCAGGCAAGCGACGAUAUCAAACCGUCUGGAGAGCCCGAUCACAUCUAACCUGGACAGCCUGCAAGCCAAAAAGAACUUCUCUGUGAGCCACCUGUUGGAUCUGGAGGAGGCCGGGGAAAUGGUGGGCAACCAGGCCGACGACAGCGUUGGGGAGGCGGGGAGGAAUAUGCUGGAGUCCCCGGGGCUGACCAGCGGGAGCGACACCACCCAGCAGGAGAAUGAACAGAUGAACACGGAGGAGAAGAAGAAGAGGAAGCAGCGCAGGAACAGGACCACCUUUAACAGCAGCCAGCUCCAGGCUCUGGAGAGAGUGUUUGAGAGGACACACUACCCCGACGCCUUCGUCAGAGAGGACCUCGCCCGCCGGGUCAACCUCACCGAGGCCAGAGUCCAGGUGUGGUUCCAGAACAGGAGAGCUAAGUUCCGCAGGAACGAGCGCGCCAUGCUGGCCAGCAAAAACGCCUCACUUCUCAAGUCCUACUCCGGGGACGUGACGGCUGUGGAGCAACCCAUCGUACCACGCCCCGCGCCACGCCCCAAUGACUAUUUGUCCUGGGGCAGUGCUGCCCCCUACAGCUGGUAUCCAAUGCCGGAGGGGGGGCCAGUGCGAGUGCCACAGAAAAUGCUGCCCUCAGAGAACAACGCCAUGGCCACUUACCCGCCCACCUGCUCCAACACAAACACAUCACAGGGAAUGAACAUGGCCAACAGCAUCGCCAACCUGCGGCUCAAAGCCAAGGAAUACAGCUUGAACCAAGUGCCCACGGUCAACUGAGGGGAGCGCUAUAGGCUGGGGUCGGACAGGUCAGCACAGUCACACCCCAGUCGCAUCCCUGGAUCACACGUCUCCUCUCCUUCCCAGAGCAGCCUUGAUGGCGCACGACUACACUUAUAUGCAAAAAUGAAGGACACCUUCAAGUGGUGCUGGGAUUUUCAUUUUCUCCAUCCUGAGCAUCACCGAACUGUUUGUACAAAAAAAGGCCAUCUAGUUUGGAUGUUGUAGCCGAAUAUCUGCAUUGUGUUACAUUUGUGAUUGUGACUGAAACGGAAGUUUCUCCGAGAUCGUUUCCCUUUUUUAAUCUGAGAUCUUUGUCUCGACGGAGACUCACAGAGACUCACGGACCGCAUGGAGCUUCUUUGUCCCUUUGGCUGUGGUGGAUGAAAUGACACACCCAAACUGGGAUGAUCAACACUUUUUAUUUCUUUUGUUUUUUUCAACAAGGACAUUUCUCUGACAUUUAUGCAAUUUUUUUAAAAUAGUUUUUUCACACUUCUUUCCAUGUUAUACCACUGACAUGCAAACAAUUUUUCGAUGCAUUUUUCAUAUAAUAGUCCAGUAUAAAGGAGAGGCUAAUGUAUUUCUGAAACCAAAACCAGUAGAUUCUCCUUAUUAUAUGAUAACCUUAAUCUGUACCAGAAUAAAAACUUGUAUAUUAAUAAUAAUAAAAAAAACAAAAACAUUUCAAGCAAGUGUCCGAUUCACCAGAUUUCUCAUCUACGUCCUCAAAAGAACUUUGAAUGUGAAUCUUUAUGGUUAUAAGAGAAAUUUAGAUCGCUGCAGUGAAGUCAGGCCUGAAGUGGGCUUCAGAAAACACAAAGACAUAAGUGUGUUUAUAGUUCAGACCACUUGGAAAGCAAAAUGAUCUUGGACCUCGUGCACGGCCCAUAAAAAGAGAGAUUUACAGCUCGAGAACAGAUUCUCCUUCAAAGAAACCUCAAGCUGUUCUUGCUUUGUGUGCUUUCUCUUUUUCUUGAUUACCGCAACUUGAAAUUUCCAUCUUAAAAACAGGAUAUUUAUGAGCAGGGAAAUCCUCUCCUUAAUAUGGAGGGGCCCCCCGGGCCUCAUUUAACUCUGCGGCUGUCAAACAAGGUGUUUCUUCUCCUCGGCCCCUCAUAACCUUAACCGUCAGCAAACACAUGUAGACAGUUGUCCUCGCACGGCGCACCGCGGCAAUAAAAGCGGGCCGGUAGGAAAUGGCUGCUGAUUUUUGUGUUGUUCUGCUUUUUUGGGAGACUUUAAGGGCAAAGUGCGCUCAUGACCUGAGGAACUGUUGUCAAUCAUAACUCACAACUACCAGACAAAGGUUAUCACAGUUAAAAAACUCUUUAUUUUUUUUAUUUUGAGUUAACAUAACAUCAAAUUGAUGUUGAUCAUAUUUGCAUUUAUUUUAUUGGCAUUAAAAAUGACCAUUAUUCAGUAAACCUCUCUGCUCUCUACUCACAUGUUUUCUUUAACCCUCACAUUUUCUGUUUUAGCCACUUGUUUAGUUUAAAGUUUAACAUUUGAAAUGGUUUAUUCCUGAUUUACGACUAACUUUGACAUGCAGCGAGCACGUGAAAGGUCUGUGAUUCUGAGAAAAAUCUUUCUUUUGCAGUUUUUGUAAUGAGCAUGGAGAACGUAGGAGACUGUCGUCCUUUUCUUAUGUUCAGUUGGAUGUUUGUCCUUUUACGAGCGCUUCUUUAAAUCACACACUUUCCUCACUCGCUCACUUUUCACCCCCACAUUUAAAAAAAGUGAUAUUUGUGUUUUUCCGUCGGUGUAUUUCCUGCUACUGAUACCUGACUGUGGUAUGUCCAGUGUCAGAGCCCUGUCCCCCCUCUCCCCUGCCAGGCGCCCGCUCUCACCUUUCAAGGCCGGGGCCUGGGUUGACCUGAAGUGAUUCCAGAUGUGGAGAUCAUUUUGACCCCCCUACCCUCCUCCUCCUCCUCCUCCUCCUCCACUGUUCACCCCCAGGCCCUGGCCAGCCACUCCAUCAGUGCUGACAGCGUCCCCUCGGACAGCGUCUCUCCACACCAGAGCACAGGACACACAAGGCAACUCCCCCGCCACCACUCACCACACCCCCCGCCCCACACCCCCCUCCUCCUCGCCCUCACCCACUCACCCCCAUCCUCAUGCAGCUGCACAUCUGGAGCUCAUUACAGAGGAGACAGUGAGAGCGAGGGAGGGGCGGGGAGUCUGAGAGCAGAGUAUAUAGCGAGAGCGGGAAAGAGCAUUUCUUAACCCUUCUCCCCUUAAAACAUCCACAUUUUCCCCCUCUUUUAUCCCCUUUUUUCUUUCUUUCUUUCUUUCUUUCUUUCUCAACAUUUGCUUUCGACACUCCCCUCCUUUUGAUUUCUCGCUCCUCCCUGCCUCCCCCCCGUCUGCAGUCAUCAUUGUCCUGCUGUCAGUGCCACAUGAUCACAAAUACUUUAUUAAUGAGUGGUUUUGGAAAAGAGCGCAGUGGGAGAAAGAAAGAAAAAAGAAAAAGAAAAAAGCCGGAGAAGAAGGAGAAAAUCUCCGAGCAGUCUGAGUGAAAUACUGCACAGCUGUUAACAGUGUGUGGUUUGGGUGAACAACCAAAAGAAUGUCCCGAGAUGUGGAGUUUCCACGCAAAGUCAAGUUGACUGAGAGGUUGCACUGUUUGUGUGAUUAAGUCACUAUUAUUACACACUUCUCAUAAACACAGAUGCAAGGCUCCACACACACACUCUGCGUCGGAUUGGAAAUGAAACAUAAUGAACUCCAAUCUCGUCAACCAUCGCCGACAUGUGCGUGUUUUUUUAUUUAUUACCUCUCCUUCUCCAUUCUUCACAAACUGAGACAAUCUGGCCGCUUUUCAUGUGAAAAUAAAUGAUGUUUGCCUUUUAUGAUUAGUUUUGGGAGUUUACAUAUUAUUGCACAAUGGUUUAAUGGCCCUGAGAAGUCAUUAAAUCCGCCGCGUCAGCCUCAUGAUAUCACAACACGAUGGGUCAUAUGAUGACAGACGGGGCGAGGAAGGAACCCAGAAUGUCGAAGAAUGACUCUCACGUUGGAUGUUUGUGCAGCGUCAGUGCGCGGAGCCAAGAAAUAACAGAAAUAGCACGAGCUUUAUGUGGCAAAGCCUCAGAGUGCUUCAAACGGAGCGCUUGUCAGCUCGUCAAAAUUCCACUCUUUCAGAUUUCAGUACUGGCUGUUUGACAGUUUAUUUAACUCCAUAUAAGAUCUGAUCCAACAAGCCAGAAGUUAAUUCUCCCGAAAAAGCAUCAUUUUCAGUUGUAUGUUCUGAUGUUAUUCAGGUUUUCAGGGUGUUUUUUGGUCAUGUAUGCAACAAUGUGUUUCACCUGGGUCACACGGCCACACAGUGGCUAGCAUUGUUGCCUCAAAGCAAGAAGGUUAUCUGUUUGAAUCCCAGGGUGUUUCACCCUACAGUAGGUCAGCUGAGCUGGGAUUGGCCACUGUCUUCAAGGGUCUUCAUCUCUACACAAAUAUGGGAUGGACUGCAGUGAACAUGCAGGAUUCCUUAUUAACUCUCCUUUAGUCUCAUCACCAUGAACUUUGUUGAAUGAAAUGACAGAAAUACAAGUUGGAUUGCUGUGGAAUUAGUUGCAAUCUUUUCAUUUGAACAUAGGUUUUCAGAGUGGGAGCUGGAAGAGUCUUAAAGAACGGAUGUGAAAAAAUGAUUCACUGAUUAUUAGCUAAGUACGAAAUCGUACGGAAGAGAUUUGAGUGUUUUUUUUUUGUUUUUUUUAAACAGUUAGAAAAAGCUCUCUGAUAUUUAAGCUUCAUAAAUGUGCAAAGAAAUAACAAAGAAAGUGACCAAACAACAUCGCUUCGAGGUUAGGGAAACAUUUUUUUAUAAAACAAUUAGACAGAUUAAUCAUAGUAAUUAAAAUAAUUGUUAGAAUAAAUCCACUAUUUGUUUUGUGUGUGUGUGUGUGUGUAAUGUGGUUGAGCGCAUGACAUCUACAGUUUAUUUUGAAAGAUUUGUACUUUUCCCAAUUAUCUGUGAAUCCCAAACAUGAUGUCUGACUUUCUAUUAAACAGCAAUACUGUGUUAUCUGCA